AACCAGCAAUUGAUUAAAAAUGAGUUUUAUACAUGUAUUGCCUAAAACUGAAAGGUAUCUUAGCUAUCAUAAUUAAGCCUACUCCUAACGACUCAAAAAAAAAAAUGCUUUGGUUGUGUUUCUCUAUAAAUAUCUCACUAAAAAUACUGCCUCCCAAUACUUUUAUUUCACCAUUAGUGAGCAUCCUUAUUCAAUAUUCUAACUUGUAUUUAAUAUUUGUCAUCUAUAAAAUAACAAUUACUUUUUCUGUCCGUAUCCAUUCAAAAUUACGAGCAUUCGUAACUUUGUUCAUGGCAACACAACUAUUUCAAAUCUUUGAUAUUUUAGUUUUGAAAAAAUAGCCCUCCGUAUCAUUUAAAUAAGAUGUUUGUAAUUGUUUUUCCAAAUAAGCGGAAAUGAACGAAACAAACGUAUGGACGAGGCAGACUAAUUGAUAAGUCUAAUUCACUGUACUUGGAAUAUCAUGAACUUAACGUUAAAAGAGAAGAGAUUUUUGCAAGAAAAGUUUACUAUUACUACUGAUAAGAAACAAAUAAUGAUAUCAGAAUUCUUUAUUUCAUAUGAAAACAAGUAGUACAAUGUCCCAAAAAGAAGUGCAUAUCUUUUUCUCGGCCAAUCGGAUAUGAGUACGGGUCAUUGUUUCCCUGUUCCUGUUUAAUUGUAUUUCAACUGAUCGAUUUAUUAGAUUGUCUAUACAUACAAAUUUAUACAACUGAGAUGGUGCUGUCAUUGCAAUCAUCCGUUGCUGGUAGGUUUGUUUUUGUAAAAGCAGUUGACAAACAAUGCAUCUAUAUAUUUGUUUUUGUUCAUUACCUAAGUGUACGUUAACAUUAUGUGGUGUCUUUCUGACAGGGGCAAUUUAUGAUGACUUAUGUAAAACAAUAUACUUUGCUAGAACUAGUGAUGUUGAAUUACUUAAUACAAAUGGAUAUUAAUCAGUGUAAAAACAUUCAACAGUUUUUAGUUAUGGUAGCUUGGUAUGUUGCUGUUCUUUAUCAGUCAUUUUUUAAACAAGUAUUUAAUCUCUGAAAAUUAUCUAAUUUGUGAAAAAAGCAAAAUAAUUUUAGAUAAACCUUUAUUUUCAGAUAAAUGUUUAUUAUGCUUUUUUGAUAAUGAAUGAUCAAUACGAUCUUCAAGAUGUUGCACGGUGCGAUUUGUGUGAAACUCCGACUCCUUGUUCAUACUGUAGAUUUUGUGAAAAAAAUCUAUGUAAUAACUGUCAGAAAAAGCAUGUAUUAGAUGAUUCAAAAAAGCAUAAAGUCGUGCCGUUUGAAAGAAGGAAAUCUCUUACGUACUGUAAAAGACACUCCUCAAAUCUAAAUGAUCAUUACUGUGAACCUUGCCAUAAUCCCAUUUGUGAACUGUGUGUUUCCUCCAAGGAACAUGAAGGUCAUAAUGUUGUUGACAUAUUGGUAAAAUUUAAAAACCAAGAAGUAGCCAUUUAUGAUGAUAUUCAAGAAUUACAUAGAUUAGACAAGGAAUAUAAACGGAGUACUUUUAUAAUUUCACAUCUAAAAGAUAAGUUAAAUAAAAACUCAGAAGAAAUGAUUAAAAGUCUCCGAGAGCAUGGGGAAGACUGGCACAGAGAAAUAAACACCAUUGUUAAUAAUUUGCAAGUCGAACUAGAGUUUAAGGUCUCCAGUCAACAGUCUUUUCUCGAUGAUAAAGAAGAUGCAGUAAAGAGCACAAGAACUCAAAUAAAACAGAGAGUAGUUGUUCUGAAAAAAAUAUUGGAUACAAAAGACGACAAAAGUGUACUUGCGUAUGAAUCAGCAGAUUAUGAAUUCAAAAAAUGUCCUCCUGAAGUGAAAGUUCCCUUUCCAAGGUUUUGCAAGCAACAGAUUGGCGGAGAACAGCUAAAUAAACAUUUUGGAUACUUAAAGGAGAUAAAUGCCACAAUGAAAGAAAAGGAAAGAAACACAACGGAAGAUGUGAAUCACUAUGAUAAUCCUGAAUAUCAAUUUCUUAUUGAUGAUCCGCAGAUAAAAACAAGCAUAGACAUCAAUACUCAAUUUAAAGAUCUUUGUAGUAUUUCUUGUUUGAGUGACGAAAAUGUGUGGGUGAGUGAAUGUAAUGAGAGCACGAUAAAACUUGUCAAUUUUCAGGGAGAAUUAGUCAAAUCAAUUCCCACUAAGACAAGAAACAUGCCAUGGGACAUAGCGGUAACGAAGAGUGGUGAUCUAGUUUAUACAGAUUACGCUGAUCACACUGUGAAUAUUGUGAAAGGUAAAAACAUAGAGGUACAAGAAUUAAUCCGACUGCAGCAAUGGAAACCUGAUGGCUAUUCUACAAAAGAGCAAAAGUUUUACCCAUAUGGUAUCACUACAGACAGCCAGGGUCGGAUCCUGACAGCAGACUUUGACAACGACCGUAUCCACAUCCUGGAUCAGGACGGACAGUUCCUCCGCUACAUUGACAACUGUGAUAUUAAAAACCCGUGGGGUUUAUGUCUAGACACAAAAGGCAAUCUUAUUGUAACCGAGAACAAAUCAAGUAAAAUAAAGAAAAUCAGUUACUGUGAAGCAAAAUAAAUUAAACGUUCAGUUCAGAUUUAUAUGUUGUUGAAACUGUCGGUAUAAUAUCGCUGUUCAAUUUUAAAUAUACAAUGCAUAGAAGUUUCUUUAUAGCAUUUUGUGGAUUUUAUUUCGCAGAAAGCAGGAACUGACCAAUUUAAAAUCACCCCCUUCCAAAAGUGAUACUAUUUAAUGUUGUUAUUAACUGUAUAUUUAAUCAUUUAAAAACUUAAGAUAUA